AUGCUUCUAGAACAAUGUUAUGGCGUGAUAUAUUAUUUGAACGAUACUGAGCAUAGCCGCAUGCCUCCCAUAUACCACGUGGACAAUUAUACAGGGUGUUUGCAAAGAUCUUCUGAUUUAUAUUGUACCGUGAACUUUAAUCUGGUGUCUGACGAACCCAGCGAUCUACUUAAUUUAAUACAGGAGUAUUCAGAAGCGACCGCUACACAUUUCAAUUAUACUAAAUUAAGACACGGCGUUUGUGUCACUCAGAAUUGCCAAAGGUAUAUACGAACAGGAGUUCCGGUGAGAGCGGACUCCCUUGAGGAAUGCCUUAACGAUACUGUUUGGAAGGACUAUAAGUUGAAGACGAAAGUGGAAAGCCAUUUUUGCCAUGCUCUUGCUGAUCACAGUUUAGAAGUGGAUACCAGUGACAUAUUAGUAGCAGUAGUAUUACUUACAAUACUUCUCCUAAAUGCUGUCGGAAGCAUUUACGAUACCAAAUGUACAUCAACUGUUAAAGAAAGAAAAGAUCAGGACAAAAGUUCAAAAGCAAUUAAAGUAUCGGCAGGGUUGGUGAGGUCUCAUUGCAGGAGCCGCUGGUGGCAGAACUUGCUCUAUAUUAACAACUACUUCUACAACACGCAGUGCAUCGCUGCGGCGUGGUAUUUGGGAGUGGACAUGCAAAUGUUCGUGCUAGGCCUGGUAACAUGCAUGGCCUUACGAAGCAAGGUGAACAGGUCAGCCACCCUGACGAUGCUCUUCUUCCUCGGCAUCACGAUACACGCUGUUCACAUCUACGUGCGAGAUCUUGACGCCAUCUUGAUAUUGGGGCCCGACAAAGCCCGCACUUUAUUCGAGAGCGAUCCAUCAUUCAAUGAGACGUACAAGAUGGGGCACGCCAACGUCGCUAGCUACGUGGUGGGGCUGGCGCUGGGAUAUCUCGUAUACAGGCUCCAGGAGCUAGACAUUGAUGUCACCAAGUAUAGAAAUUAUAGGUACCUCUACUGGGCCCUUCUACCGCUACUGUUUGUCGUUAUAUUGUCUGGAAGUGUGUUCUACCGCGACGCUCCCCGAGACCCUCUCUACAUACGAGUGCUGUAUGGAGCUCUUGUCAAACCAACCUUUGGUAUCCUCGUGGCAGGCCUCAUAUGUGGAACGAUCUUUAAAUUGGAAAAUAUUUAUAGAAGAGUAUUCGAGUGGAAGGCCUGGACUAUUCCGAGCCGCUUGAGCUACUGCGUGUACGUCAUCCACCUGCCCUACCUCAGACUAUUCGUGUCCCUGCGCACCAGCCUGCUGACACAAACCAUGCUGCAUCAGCUAACUUUGCUUCUCUGUGUGACGGUGAUAUCGUUUGCAACGGCUCUCCCGCUGUGGUUGCUCGUCGAGGCACCGUUCGUAUCGCUCGCGAGACACUUAGGCUCACGGAAAUCGGUCAAGCCGUUGGAAAAACCCGACCCCGCUAACGGUUGUCAGAAGAUUGAUUGCAAUACUUAUUUAUAAUAUAUUAAAUGAUUCAAUGGAAUUUUUAUUAUUAAAAAAAUAUUUGCCGUAACUUUUAAAUAAUGACCCAUAUACUCGCAACUUUCCAACAAAUUUUAUGUUAAAAACAUCGUGAGGAAACCUGCAUACCAGA